CCCGCCAAUACCCGCAUAGCCUAUGACAGACGUGCUGCGGCCUCUGCCCAGUCUCACCGAACGGCAGCAUCUCGCGCGGCACCUGUUCGACGAAUUGCCGCCCUCGGCCGGGCCUCCCCGCGCCAUGGCGUUGCUCCGCGCCGCGCCCGGCCAUCCAUUCUCGCCGUGGCCCGCACGCCCGGUCUGCCGCCCUUCGACCUCGCUGAUAGGGUCCGGGCUGCGUCCGUGCAUUCCCGGUGAGCGGAGCAGCCGGGCGCUCGUCUGCCUCGCCUUCUCCCCUCGCGUGCAACCCGGCCCCACUCAGCUCGGCGAUGCCAUGUGUUCUCCCUUCCCUCUCGCUUGUGCAGGCGUGGCUGCACACCGGCGCUCGUACCCAAGGAUCGAGGCCACUGCGAGGCGCGGCGCGCGCACGGAAAACGCCAAGGUCAGGAACCGACGGCUGCAGAAGAAGUUCAAUGGUACGGCGACGAAGCCCCGGCUCUCGGUGUUCUGCUCCAACAAGCAGCUCUACGCCGUGCUGGCCGACGACAGCAACAAGAAGAUCCUCUUCUACGGCAGCACGCUGCAGAAGUCCGUCUGCGGCGACCCGCCUUGCAGCACCGUUGAGGCUGCCCGGAGGGUCGGUGAGGAGCUCAUCAGGGCGUGCAAGGAGCUGGGCAUCACCGAGAUCUCCUCCUACGACCGCAACGGGUUCGCUCGAGGCGAGAAGAUGAUGGCGUUCGAGGUUCCGGUAUCGCAGCACGGGUUCCUGCCAAGAUAGCUGCAGUGGUGCCCCAGAAGGGAGGCCUCAGGCUUGCACUGACAGUACACCGUAGCAGCUUAUUCAUGGGAACAAAGUUCUUCCCUGGUUAUUUGUAUGAUCCAUCGGUCCUUAAACAACAUACCGUUCGUAUCUCACAUCAGUCAAUUUUUUCGAUAAAGAAAAUUUUAUUAAUUUUUAUUGUCAUAAUAAGAAAAUACAAUCGCAUAAGAUAAUUACUAAAGUCUUAUUUGUUUUUUAUUCUAAUUAUGGAUUGUAAUCUAAAAGCAAAAGCAAAAACAAACGAGUAUAUUCUAAAAGCUGAUUGCCAUAAUCCGCAAUUCACAUUGUACUAUAAAAUUCUACAAUCUAGUGAAAAUAAGUUUCUCUGUAUUCUUCGAGAGGAACCACCUCUUGACCCAAGUUCGAUAAUUGUUAGGCACAGCUGAUUAGAAGGUUGAAUCAUAAUCAAGAAAUUGGCUUGAUUGAUUUUUUCUGUAGUGACCAAUCGCAUAGAACCACUUGAUUGAUUUUUCUAUAGUGGGACCUCUCGACCAACAGUACGGAACCACUUGAUUGAUUUUUCUAUAGUGGUUGAAACCUGGUGAAUUGGCAUGACCAACAAUUCAACAUGUGUGGCUGAAAAUUAGGGCAUGACUAACUCCUGUGUACAAAUAGAUUUUGUAUUGAUUUUUCUAGCAUCACAGUAGCAUGUUGUUGUGCAAUGCAUUAGAAUCAUUUCUUUCCCAUGGAUGCACCACCCCAAUAGCCUAAUUAGAUUGGUAUGCUCAAGCCUCGCAAGCAGGAAUUUAGUACUGAAAUCAAAUACUAUAGCAUGUUCAUGGAACCUUUUGACGGCAAUCAUGAGUCCAUCAUGACAACUGAUCCUGCUAUGGUUGCUAGUAGUGAUUAAACAACAUUCUGUCAAAAUUAAUUGCAUCAGGCAAUUUCUGUCAACAUUCUAUCAACUGACCCUAUAAUGAGUCUAUCAGGCAACUGAUCCUGCUUGUUAAUUUCCUCCUAAUUCAAGUGAUGCAUAGGUUUCAUCAUGUAUGUUCUCCUUUCUCUUUUUUUACUUAUAUUGCGCC